UUUGUCAACCUGCCACGUGCUUGGUGCAACCAAUAGAGGUGACCAUGGCUUCAUUGGACAGACAUGGCAUGGAAGAACAUACUUUUUGCACAGUUUCAGCUCAUCACUUAUUUGCAGAUUAUAAUUCUCUUUCGGAUGCACUAUUUGAGGGAAUUGUAGGGCCUACUUGUGUUGUCAUUUUACCACAUUGUGAAACUAUAGAUCAACACUGUUUGAGGCAGUAUAAUCUUGAAUAAUUUGAAUCCUAAUGGAUCUAGGAAAAAGUAUGGCAUGGGAGAGUUUUACCCAGGGUAGGGAAACUUGGCGG